UGGGAACCUCCUCUGCAGGCUGCUGCUUGCGAUGACCCCGGGGGUAGGAAGGAGGAGGAGGCAGAGGGGAUCGGCUUAGUGAAUGAAUGGGCGGCGGCGGCGGCGGCGGCGGCGGCUCCCUUGCUCAAUGGCUGCCGGGCUGAUACGCGCCAGCUCCGCAGCCGGUGCCUCCCUCGCCCUCCCGUGUUUUGUCUCAGGCUCGCCCCGUUCGGGGCUCCCCAAACAUGUUCAACCAGCAGCAGUUCCAGCAGCAGCUGCUGCAGCUCCAGCACCUUCUCCAGCAGCAGCAUCACCACCACCCUCCGGCGCAGCAGGGAGGCCGGGGAUUGCCACCACCGCAGCAGCAACAGAUGCUGAGCUUACGGGCAGCAAACCAACCAUCGCUGCUCAGUGCCAACCCCAUGCUUCAGCGGGCCCUGCUCAUGCAGCACAUGCAAGGGAACCUGCGUGGAUUUAACAUGACGGCGCCAGCGCUGCAGCAGUUCUUCCCUCAGGCUACAAGACAUUCCCUCCUGGGGCCACCACCUGUUGGGGUCUCCUUGAAGCCCACUCGGUUGGGCUUCCCCAGCCUCCCCUUCCAGCGGCAGAACCGGACCUUCCGCAAGGACUUCCAGAGGGCCCCUGACAGGAAGCGAGAGCUCAAUCCUGGUUCUUCAUCUCAGACACAAGGUGAUGAGAAAAUGGAAUUCCCAGAAGGAAUGCAAGCAGGGUUAGAGCAGAACAACUCCUUGCCAUCCACAGAGCCAAGAAUUCCAGCCCAGUCUGUGCUGAACACUGAGCCUGCAGCAAAAAGACUGAAGAGUGUGACCAAGGAAUCUGCUUUAGAGGACACCACAGACAGCAAAGAAGCAGGAGAAUCAAGCACCCAGGACCAAGAUGAUGGCAACACAAAGGAGUACACAGCUGAAGAUCCCUCUAAAGAGAGGAAAUUCUCUGAGGAGCCAAAGACUCCUGAGGUGUUGAGCUCUGGCGGUUCACUGAAAGUGACUAUCCAGCAGAGCAGUGAGAGCAGAGCCAUCAGUACAACAGCUCUGAAACCAGGCCAUUGGACCUGUGAGGUGGGCACAGCUGAUCCCAGUCCAGAAUCAGUCCUUAAAUUCUACUGCUACAUCUGCAAGACCAACUGCUGCAGCCAGCAGAAUUUCCAAUCCCACAUGGCUGGAAUUCAGCACCAGCAGCGACUUGGGGAGAUCCAGCACAUGAGCAACGUUUGUUUUGUUUCACUACUGCCCAUGGUGAAGGUGCAGAAGGUGCUAGCAGAGAACGAUGGGGAGAGCCAGCAGCGAUGGUGCAACACUUGCCAGAUACACUUUACAGGGGAUCUCAUCAAGCAUCGCAGGACCCAGGAGCACAAGCAGGCCAAACGCUCGCUUCGUCCUUUCUGCACUGUCUGCAGCCGCCACUUCAAGACCCCUCGCAAGUUUGUGGAGCACAUGAAGUCCCCUGAGCACAAACAGAAAGCCAAAGAGGUGAGGCUGGGAGAGAAGGAGUUGGGCAGCCCAGAAGACUCAGAGGAGUUGAUCACUGUGGAUGCUGUUGGAUGUUUUGAAGAUGAUGAUGAUGAAGAGGAGGAGGAGGAGGGGGGAGCUUGUGAGGAAGACCUUGAUGUAGUCCUGAUAGAGAAUGAGGAUUCUGCUGCCAAGCAGACUGGGCUGAAGGAGGUGUCUGUGGAGGAUUCUGAGGGAAGUGAGAAGUAUUGUCCAGACACGGCCUAUGGCCUGGACUUUCUGGUCCCCGUCGCAGGUUACCUCUGCAGGCUGUGUCACAAAUUCUGCCAUAGCGACUCCGCUGCCCGGCUCGCACACUGCAAGUCCCUGAUGCAUUUUGAGAACUUUCAGAGGUACAAGGCAGCGAGAUGUCGCGCCGCGGCUGCCUAUCCCGAGGCUCCUUUGCGUUCCCAGGGCUCCAGCUCCCAGUUGCUGGAUGAUCCAGCCCAGCCUGCUACCAUAGCAGAUACCAGCAAGAAGAUGAAUGAUGAGCAUGGGGUAGACAAGGAAGGUACAGAGCUGUCAGCCCUGCAAGAACAAGCUUUGAGGUCUCCGGAGGGUAAGGGUGAGCUGGCCACCACUGUAGCCAAGGGCAGGAGCCCAGCCAGCAUGACUGACAUCUGUGGAAUCCUGGUUGUAGAAGAAAACCUCCAGGAGAGUAAAUCCACUGCCACCAGCACCGACAACCUGCUGCCCACAGAGGGCCAUGGCACAGGGCUGUGGCUGGGACACGCUGUGUGUGAGGAGGGGGCUGCUGCAGCCAGGCAAAGGGAAGACACCAACAACAAGCAGGAGCCAGGGAGUGCAGGGGGCUCAGAGCAGCAGGAGGCAGCAGGCACAGGCCGGGAGGCCGUGGCAGGGCCUCCCUCCCCAGGCAGCCUGGCUUCUGCCGCCUGCAGACGCUCCGCUCGGCGCAAACCCAGAUAGAGUGGCCUUAAAGGGAGAGAGAGCCCUUCACAAAGGAAAUCUGCUGGAAAUGUUUAUUUUCUGAGUCUUUUAAUAGAGCAAAACCCCUUCAACUUUACUGCUGUUUUUAUUUUAAAAAUAAAAUAAGCCUGGCUUUAGCGUGUCUA